UGUCUCGUGUAUUAUGCUUGUUGUACAUAUGGAGAAGGCUCGCCCCACAAGGCCCACACACAAACUAUCAUCGCUCGUCCCAUGACAUAUAGCAACGCAUCCAAGGACCGAAUAUCCGAUGCUGAAGUCCUCAACCAGCAACACUUGCAACCUCCAAUUUCCACAUCUUUUCUUGUGUCCAUCAUCUUCCCACGAAACACAACCAUUUUUUCCUCCAUUUUUUGACCCUUUAACAAUGGCUUUUCCCCAUUUUCUCUCUCCUCCUUCAACACUCACUACCACCACUCUUCAGCCAACCCACCAUUAACAUGCCCCAAUCUCAACCACCGCAUCAUCCACCGUCCAAUCAAUUCCACCCCUCCAAUCCAACGGCCUCAAAUCAACCACCUCUUCCUUGCUUCUCUAAAUCUGCUAAUCUGCCUGACUUUCUCCUCACCGCUCUCUCUCUCUUCCUCUUCAUCACCGCCCCUAAACACCAUCUUCCUCCUCGCGCACUUUCUCUCUCCUCCCCUCCUCCUUCCACCAAUCGCCGCUUCCUCCGCCUUACUUCAACCAUGUCGCAAAACCCUAACCCUAAUUCCUCUGCUUUUCCUACCCCUCAAUCGCUUUCUGAUUGGCUUAAACCUCGAUUACCCUCUGAUUCUUUCGCUUCUUGGGGCACUAAACCCGGCACUAAAAAUGUUCAUAAUCUAUGGCUUGAGCUUGCUGAUGGUGAAACAUCGCUUGUUGAUAAAUCUCCCCCAAUUCGGAAUUUGGAGGUUGUUUGUGUUAGGAUUUUGGGUAAUGACAACAGGGUGUUGAUUGAAGCUCACCAGGAGUUAUCUGAUGGGUCGAUUCGUAAAAGGGGUCGUCCAUUAUCGGAGAAAUUGAAGUCUGGUGAGGAUAUUGAGGCGGGUGUUAAAAGGGCGAUCAAGGAAGAAUUGGGGUCUGUGAUUUUUAGGGAUAAUGAUGUUGGAAAUGUGAAUUUUGAUCAGAUUGUGAGGGUUUUGAUGGAUUCUUAUGAGAGGAAGGUGGAGGAAAGGGUUUCUGUUUCGUACCCGGGUUUGCCGGCUGUUUAUGUGUUGCAUACUGUGGAUGCAUUUGUGGAGGGGUUGCCUGAGGGUGAGUUUGCUACAGAGGAGGAAACAGAGUAUGAGGGUUGUGAUAAUUUGGUGGCUGAUGAGGCGGUUUCGGUUAAAAGGCAUUUCUGGAAAUGGGUUCCUGUUGAUUCUGUGUGAUAUUGGUAGCUACGGCGGAGCCUUGGAUGAAUGGCGUGGCAUCGGAGAUGAUUGUCGCGGUUGGGAUGUACAAAGUUGGCACCUUCACCGGAGUAAACUAUCAUUGCUCUUGAUGAACUGGUUGGUGAGUUUUGAGAACCCUCAAUUGUUGGUUGAAUUCAGUUUAACUUGUUGUAGUUAUUGUUGUGGUGAUUGAAGAUGAGUAAAAUAACCUGUUUCUUUUAGUAAAAUUGUUGUAUAGAAUGUAUGACAUUUGACAAUUUUGUUUCCUGUGGAUGUGUAAAUAUCAACUGUCUACAUUUUGAACUACUUAUAAUACAAAACAAAAUGAAAGGAAACAAUUUUGUUUCUUGCUGUCAA